AUGGCCACCUCACCGGCACCUCCAAGUCAUUUCCCUUCAUCAUUGGGACCAGAAGGCACACCCGGCCGCACUCCUGUCCCUUCCUCUUCCUUUGGCGGGUCGCGCCCCAUCGAUCCCGUCAACUACCAGGAUGUCCACGGGUUGGGUGCCACCGCCGAUGGGCGAAGGCCCACCCGCGAGUUGGACACGGUCGACGAGACAGACGAGACAAGGCGCACCCAGCCCCGCGCCCGCUUCGAAGAUCGCUCCAAUAUCCCACUUGUGGUCGACAAGCUAGGCGUGAGGGUACAGCUACAGUUUGAGAGUUUCCUUGAGAAUUACACGACCGGCGUCGAAUUCCCCCCUACUCCGUCGUCAACCGGUGGCACUGAACCAAAGGAGAUCGGCGAGGACAAGCCCUAUAUCCAGCAGAUUGUCCAGAUGCAGGAGCUCAAUUGGGCAACGCUCUACGUCGACUGGCGGCACCUCUUGGAGCGCGAGGAGACGCUCGCGGAAGCCAUCUCCACACAGUACUACCGCUUCUUGCCGUUCAUCAAACGAGCUGUACAGAACCUGGUCAGGGACUAUUGCAAGCCGUAUGUGUACAAGUCUGCAAUGAUGGUCAACAACCCGAGUAACUCGUUUGCCAACCCCAACUACAAAGACUUCUCAGUCGCUUUUCACAACAUGCCUCUCACGGCUGGCAUCCGGCAACUGCGCAUGGAGAGUGUCGGCAAGCUCAUGAGUAUCUCGGGCACCGUCACACGCACGUCCGAGGUGCGACCUGAGCUUGUCUCGGGGACGUUCAAGUGCGAAGAGUGUGGCACGCUUGUGCACAACGUCGACCAGCAAUUCAAGUACACGGAGCCCCUGAUGUGCACGAACCCAACGUGUCAGAACCGCAAGUUGUGGCAGCUCAACCUGGAUAUGUCCAAGUUUGCAGACUGGCAGAAGGUCCGCAUUCAGGAGAACGCCAACGAGAUCCCCACCGGCAGUAUGCCCCGAUCUCUCGAUGUCAUCCUCCGCGCAGAGGAGGUUGAGCGUGCCAAGGCAGGUGACAAGUGUACCUUUACAGGCACGUUCAUUGUCGUCCCCGACGUGUCGCAGCUCGGCAUCCCAGGCGUGAACAGCGAGAUGAUGCGCGAAAACCAGAACGGCCGCGUCGACGGCGGCGUGGCCAGCCAGGGCGUCACUGGGCUUAAGGCUCUAGGCGUGCGUGACCUGCUGUACAAGACGGCCUUCCUAGCUUGCAGCGUCAUGAACAGCGAUCAGUCUGGGACCGCUGGCGACAUUCGCGCUGAUGUCGACAACGACGACCAAGAGGCGUUCUUGGCGACCCUUACGCCGCCGGAGUUGGAGCAGCUGAAAGAGAUGCGUCACCGCCCGGACAUUUACCAGGCCUUGGUCAAGUCGAUUGCUCCCACUGUGUAUGGCCACGACAUUGUUAAACGCGGCCUCCUUCUCCAGCUCAUGGGGGGUGUGCACAAGCAGACGUCCGAGGGCAUCAACCUGCGCGGCGACAUCAACGUGUGCAUCGUCGGCGACCCGUCUACCUCCAAGUCGCAGUUCCUCAAGUACGUGUGCAGCUUCCUCCCCCGCGCCGUGUACACCUCAGGCAAGGCAUCGUCGGCUGCCGGUCUUACGGCCGCUGUCGUGAAGGACGAGGAGACAGGCGAGUUCACUAUUGAGGCAGGCGCCCUCAUGCUCGCGGACAAUGGCAUCUGUGCCAUCGACGAGUUUGACAAGAUGGACAUUGCGGACCAAGUCGCCAUUCACGAGGCCAUGGAGCAGCAGACUAUCUCGAUCGCCAAGGCAGGCAUCCAGGCGACACUCAACGCGCGCACCUCGAUUUUGGCUGCCGCCAACCCCAUCGGCGGAAGGUACAACCGUAAGCAGUCGCUGCGUGCCAACGUUGCCAUGUCGGCGCCCAUCAUGUCGCGUUUCGACCUCUUCUUUGUCGUGCUCGAUGAGUGCAACGAAGAGGUUGAUCUUCGUCUCGCGCAGCACAUUGUGAACGUCCACCGCAUGCGCGACGCAGCGAUCAAGCCCGAGUUCUCGACCGAGACGCUCCAGCGCUACAUCCGUUACGCGCGCACAUUCAAGCCCAAAAUCUCUCCCGAGGCGGCACAGGUACUUGUUGAGAAGUACCGCCAGCUGCGGCAGGACGAGGGCGGCCCAGGCAAGUCCAACUUCCGUGUCACUGUGCGUCAGCUCGAGUCGAUGAUCCGUCUGUCGGAGGCGAUUGCCCGCGCCACCUGCCAGCAGAUUAUCACCCCGAACAUUGUCAAGGAGGCGUACUCGCUUCUCCGCCAGUCGAUCAUCCACGUCGAGCAGGACGACCUCGACCUUGACGAUGACGAUGAUGUCGAGAUGAACGGCAACGGCGCGAACGGCCAUGGACCGACUCCCGGCGCGAACGGCGGCAACGAAGCGAUGGACGAGGACGAGGAUGCGGCGCAGAUUGCCGCGCUGGAGGCUGCCGAGUCGAUCCACCAGGCCGCGACGGCCAGCAACGGCACCCCUGCUCCUGCCCAGAGGCGCAUCCGGAUUACUUACGACAAGUACAUGGAGAUCAUGAACCUCUGCGUCUUACAUCUGUCUGACAUCGAGAGGACAACAGGCAAGGGUGUCGAGCGCGAGGACCUCAUCGCGUGGUACCUCGAGCAGAGGGAAGAGUUCUUGGAAGACGAAGAAGAGGCCGAGUACGAGCACACGCUCAUCUCCAAGGCUCUCACGCGGUUGGCAAAGGACAACUACCUUCUCGAGAUGCACGGUGAGGGCGAGGGACUGCGGCCGUCGGGCGAGAUCGAGGAAAGUGGCGAGUCACUGCCGUCGGACCAGAUCUUCUACAUGGUACACCCACAGGUGGACCUGUCCGACCUGUCGUCGUCGGCCCCUAUGGCGACGCGCCCGACGCGUCCUUCAGCCUAG